UGCGGGCUUUUCCCCUCCAGCCGCACGCUUGUCUUUGACAGUCCUGCUAACCUCCUCCAGCCGGACACGUUAAGCUCCUCUCGCCUCUGAUCUCAUUUAUUACCCCGGAGCCCGAGCCUCCAGGAGCGGACAGACCUCCGGCGGCGUUUCACUCCUUCUGUUCGCGGCUGACAAGACGCCAAGAUGUCCAAAGACACGGAAGGAAAGAGUGAGAAGAUCAUGGACAUGGAGAGCAAGGUGCUGUGGUACCCGGACUCCAAGAAGAACACCCAGAUGGACAAGUUCAGGAUGCAGGUCAACAAGGACUGCGGGCUUAAUCUGGUAAACUACAGUGACCUGUACCAGUGGUCGGUGGACCGUUACCCAGAGUUCUGGGCUCAGGUGUGGCGCUUCUGUGGAGUAGUGAGCUCUAAACCUUACGAGGAGGUGGUGGAUGCAUCCAAACGGAUAUCCGACGCUCCCGAAUGGUUCAGAGGCGCUCGGCUGAACUACGCCGAGAACCUGCUCAAGCAUGCGGACCAGGACAAAGUGGCUCUCUAUGCUGCCAGGGAAUCAAAAGGCGAAAUAGUCAAGGUGACGUUCGGCGAACUGCGGCGAGAUGUGGCGCUGUUCGCUGCCGCCAUGAGGAAGAUGGGCAUCCAGACUGGAGACAGGGUGGUUGGUUACCUUCCCAACGGCGUCCAUGCAGUGGAGGCCAUGCUGGCAGCGGCGAGCAUCGGCGCCAUCUGGAGCUCCACGUCCGUCGACUUCGGAGUCAACGGCGUCCUCGACAGGUUCUCCCAAAUCCAGCCGAAGCUGAUCUUCUCUGUAGCCGCUGUGGUUUAUAACGGCAAGACACACGACCACAUGGAGAAGCUGACCAGCGUGGUCAAAGGUCUGCCUGAUCUGCAGAAGGUUGUUGUGAUCCCCUACGCUCGCACCAGACAGGAAACCGACCUCUCCAAGAUCCCCAACAGCAUGUUCCUGGAGGAUUUCUUGGCGUCGGGCCGCGGGGAGGCCGACCACUUCCCCCAGCUGGAGUUCGAGCAGCUUCCAUUCAAUCACCCUCUCUUCAUCAUGUACUCGUCUGGAACCACCGGCGCCCCCAAGUGCAUGGUGCACUCGGCCGGGGGAACUCUUAUCCAGCACCUGAAGGAACACAUUCUCCACGGGAACAUGAGCAGCAGCGACGUUAUCAUUUACUACACAACGACCGGCUGGAUGAUGUGGAACUGGCUGGUGUCCUCUCUGGCUGUGGGAGCUUCGGUGGUUUUAUACGACGGUUCACCACUGAUGCCGACACCCAACGUGCUGUGGGACCUGAGCGACCAGCUGGGCAUCACUAUCUUCGGCACCGGGGCCAAGUGGCUCUCAGUGCUGCAGGAGAGGAACCUGAAACCCUCUGAAACACACAACCUGCAGUCCCUCCACACCAUCCUGUCCACCGGAUCUCCUCUCAAGCCCCAGAGCUACGACUACGUCUACCGCUGCAUCAAGAGCAACGUGCUGCUGGGCUCCAUCUCAGGCGGGACAGACAUCGUGUCCUGUUUCAUGGGGCAGAACCCAACAGUUCCAGUGUAUCGAGGCGAGAUCCAGACAAGAAAUCUGGGCAUGCCUGUGGAGGCCUGGGGCCUCGAUGGUAAGCCAGUGUGGGGGGAGAGUGGCGAGCUGGUGUGUUUGAAGCCCAUCCCCUGCCAGCCAACACACUUCUGGAACGACGAGAACGGCAGCAAAUACCACAAAGCAUAUUUCUCAACAUAUCCUGGUGUGUGGGCGCAUGGAGACUACUGUAAAAUCAACCCAAAGACAGGAGGCAUCGUCAUGCUGGGCAGAAGCGACGGCACGCUCAACCCCAACGGAGUCCGAUUUGGCAGCUCGGAGAUCUACAACAUUGUCGAGGCCUUCGAGGAGGUGUCCGACAGCCUCUGCGUCCCCCAGUACAACGCAGACGGAGAGGAGCGGGUCAUCCUGUUCCUAAAGAUGGCGCAGGGUCGUCCCUUCAGCCCGGAGCUGGUGGCGAAGAUCCGCGGCGCCAUCAGGAAGGCGCUGUCCGCCCGCCACGUCCCCGCCCUGCUGCUGGAGACCAGAGACAUUCCCUACACCAUCAGCGGGAAGAAGGUGGAGGUGGCCGUGAAGCAGGUGAUCGCCGGGAAAGAGGUGCCACAGCGAGGAGCCUUCUCCAACCCGGACUCGCUGGACCUCUACAAAAACAUUCCCGAACUGCAAAACUAUUAGUCAGGAGAGGGCCGGGCUUAGUCUUUAAAUAAAAUUAAUUGAGGUUUGUGAUGGUGGGAGGACGUUCAGAGUUCAUGGAGAGGGGGAAAAAAAAGUAACAAACAUUAAUGGUACUGUUAAUAUUAAGAAAUGUGUUUGUAUAUAUGAUGGUGAGUUGAGAGUAUUGAUUAGAACGGGAGGUUUGUGUUUCAUCAGUCAUCUUGCCGCUGCUGGAUCCAAUACGACGCGCACGAGCCUCCAAAGACGAACAUUUCGCACCGAGCGCUUCGCCCCCAAAAAACCCAGAAGCUGCUUCUGAUCGGGUCCAAGAAGAUUAGCAUCUCAGCUAGCUGUGGCUAACAUCACCUCGUCGUCGCCGUGUGCCGCGUACUGCUUCAUUCAUGUGUAUAUUUCUAUAUAUAUGAAUUUAUUUUUGGGGGGGACUGUGGAAUUGCGCUGACGCUGUAUUUAUGCAUUAAACCGGUGAACCAAAGCGGGUCGAGGGCGGCGUACGGCUGCAGUUGUCGUUUGUUUACAUGUAGCAGGGAUGACGGGACAGAGUCAGCGAAGGCAUCAGGAUUAACUCAGCUCGCCGUGUUGAUCCUGUUCAAUGCAAACUCAUUGUAUGUAUUUAAUUACUGUUCGUUACAUGUUUGUCAAAACUCUACAAAAAAAAAAAGAAAAACCUUGAUCUGUAUUUUAUAAGUGAAAGUUUUAUCUGGAUUUAGCUUCCACGUUGGUGCCGGUGAAGAUGCAGCGCAGCAGCAGUUCAGGUUACUGUUCAGUGAGUAAAUCAUUAUUCACUGUGGAUUCAUUCCUAAUGGGAAGAUGUGAGAAGGCUGUUUAAUGUGGAAAUCUUUGAAU